UGGGCAGACGAUUUUGUGGUUAAUUUGGUCGAGGAUGGUAUUAUGGAGAAAACUGCUGAUAUUCCAUUCCAAUUCAAUCCACGCAACACAGUGUUGGGGCGUCUUAUAAGAUAUGAGGUUGUCCGUAACAAUUGGUCAAAAGACAAAGGAUGGGGAACUAAGGAAACUUCUGGUGGUAUUCCUUUUGAAGGUGGAGAAAAAUUCAUUUUGGAAUUUGUUGCAGCGCCAAACAACACAAUAAUUGUAAGCUCGAUUCGGCUCUACUUCAGCUUAUGA